GCCAUCGUGAUCCCGGGAUUGCCGCUUCGGCCCCACGGAGCAGCCCUGUUCCUGUGGGAUGUGGCCAGCAGGGGUUUGAGGCCUCAUCCCAAGGGAAGCGGAGCUGGAAAAUCCCCGGGAUCGGGAUCCGGAGCUGACCAUGCUGAGCCUCAAAGCGCCCCGGCUGCUCAGCGUCCACCAAGUGCCCAAGCCCUACCGGGAGCCGGGAAUUCUCUCGGGAUACCGCCCUGCCGGGCUCUCGGCCGGCGCCUGCCUCCGGAGCGUUUUCCAGCUCUCCAACGAGACCCUCAACAUCUGGACCCACCUGCUGCCCGCGGGGUACUUCCUGGGGACGCUGGUGCGGCGGCUCCGGGCGGCGCGGGCGGACCCCGGGGCGCGGGCGCUGCUGCUGUUCCUGGGCACGUGCUGCCUGUACCCGCUGGCGUCGGGCGGCGCGCACGCCCUGGGAGCCAUGGCCGGGCCGGGCCGGCACCGCGGCUACUGCUGCGACUACGCCGCGCUGGGGCUCUACGGGCUGGGCUCGGCGCUGGCGUACUCAGCCUACGCAUUCCCGUUGGAAUGGGUUGGGAGCACAUUCCAUGAUUUUUACGUUCCCGUGGCUGUGGUCAACACCGUGCUCAGCACCAGCCUGUCCUGCUACUCCAGGUUUCUGGAGGCCGAGUGGCCCCGGCUGAGCAAAGCGUCCCGAAUUUUGGCCUUCGUGUAUCCCUACAUUUUCGACAGCAUCCCGAUUUUCUACAGACUGUCCCGGUGCGCGGCCGGCGGCUGCUCCGAAGGCUCCAUCCGGCUGCAUUUCCGGCACAGCCUCUGCGCCCUCCUCACCUUCCUCAUCCUCACCUCGCGCCUGCCCGAGCGCCUGGCGCCGGGAACCUUCGACCUCAUCGGGCACAGCCACCAGCUUUUCCACGUCUGCGGGAUCCUGGGAACGCACUUCCAGCUGGAAGCCGUCUCCAUGGACAUGGCCGAGCGGCGGGGCCGCCUCCCGAUUCCCUCUUCCCUGGAAACCUUUGGAUCCCUGGGAAUAGGAGCGGCCGCCAGCCUGGCCAUCCUUGGGAUCUGCUUCCUGCGCCUCCGCCCGGAGCCUAUUUCCCGGGAAAAAGCCCACUAGGCUCGGGGAUUGCCUCGGAUUUCUGGGAUUGAUCCCAUUCCAGAGGGGUCCGUAGGGGUGAGGGGGGGUUUGUUGCCUGCAAAUAUUCCUUCGGGAUUUUCCCAAGGGAAAAGCUUGGCUUUAUCCAUGGAUGGGCUGGGAAACGCUUCCCACCCUGUGGUUAUCCACGGGAAAAGCGUCAAAUAAUCGGGAUUUGAUCCCUGAAAAGGGACGGGAGCGCUCCUGCUUCCCAAAGAAGCGGGAUCCCUCUGGUCUGCCUCAGGGAGGAAUCCAGGGAAUGUCGGCAUCACCACUUUGGAGAUUCCCGGUGAAGCCAAGGGCUCCUUAAUUCCCGUUUUUCCCUUUGGAAGUGGCCUUCCUUUGGAAUUUCCAGCCUUACACUCAGCCCAAGUGCCUGGAAAGGUGGGAUGGAGGGAUUGGAGCUUCCCUCUGCAUUAAUUCCCACCGUUUGCGCUCCUUAUCCAGCAGAAGGAAUUCCGGGAGAGCUUCCAUGGGGUGUUCUCAUAGGAAAGCUCUUCCAGGCUUUAACUCUGGGAAAUCCUGGGAAGUUCAUUCCCGUGGGAAUGCUGGGUUUCCACGGGGGGGGUGGAAGGACGGGAUUGCAUCCGGCUGUCCCGGCUGUUCCCGGAGGUUGGGAUGGAUCCCGGGAUUGAGGCCGGGAGACGGGAGAGCUCCACUUCCGAACCUCCCUGGGUUUGGGAUCCUUUGGGAAGAGGGUUUUCAUGUUUUCCUUGGAUGGGAGCGGGAUCCAUGGAGAACAGUGGGAUUUGGAGCAGCUCGGGGAUUAAAGGCACUUGGGAAUUUGAAAGAAUUCCCAGGAUCUUCCCUUUGCCGCUCCUGGAUUUUACAAGGAGAGCUUGGAGCUCUCAGCCUUUUCCAGGAUCCAGGUUUUUCCUUGGAUUUUCCUGCAGGGGCACAGCACACACUGCUUAUUCCUCGGGAAUAUUAUCCCGGCUAAUCUUGCGGGUGUUCCAUUGAUUUGCUUUAAUUGCCUUCACUGCACUUGGGGAGCUGCGGAAAUCUGGGAUAACGCAAUAAAAUCUGGGAUGAAAGGC